AAAUUGAUUACGCUAUCGAGUGGAAUAUGAGAGAAUCUCACAAACUAUAUUUUACACUGCCGUGCAGUGCAGAUCGUAGCACUCAUCGCUAUACAAAGUACAAAAAAGAAAUACAGUUACGAUGCGUUGCGAGAGGAAAUGGCAGUGCAAAUAUCUUACUGAUUGGGAACUCGAUUGCAUACAGAGCAUAUCCCCUGAUUUAUGAUGUCUUGAAAGGACGGUACAGCAUCUUCAGACUUUAUUCAAGAGGCUCAUGUCCUCCUCUGUCAAACUGGUGUCCGCUUUUCACCGAAGCGAUGAAGAAAGUAGUGGAACACGAAAAGCCAGACAUUGUUUGGUACAUGCAUCAU